AUGGCAGGCAUCCCCUCCGUCACUCAUCCAGGCCCAGGCCCCGGCCCCGGCCUCUUCAACGACGACGAAGCCCGCUGGCGAGCCGUGCGGACGCGCGACGCCGCGGCAGAUGGCUGCUUCGUCUACGCCGUCGAGACAACAAAGGUCUACUGCCGACCCAUCUGCAAGGCCCGGUUGGCCCGCCGCUCAAACGUCCGGUUCUAUACCGGGGGAUCCGAGGCGCUCGAGGCCGGAUUCAGGGCCUGCAAGCGCUGCAAGCCCGAGAUGGAGGGCCUCAUGCCCGUGGACCGUGCCGUCGAGCGGAUUCGCCAGUUUGUCGUCGAGCACGCCGCCGCGGCGGGGCAAGCGGGGGAGGCAUCAUUGAGCUUGAGCCAGAUGGCCAGGAAGUCGGGGCUUUCCAAGUGGCAUUUUCACAGGGUGUUCAAGAGGACUCUGGGCGUGACGCCCUUUGAGUACCUGCGCAACCAGAGGAUCGCAUGGCAAGGCUCGCCCGUCUCGUGGAAGGACCUGGCUGCGGGCGUUGGCCUGGAUGACACUUGGACCACGGCCUUGGACACGGAUGGACCCAGCGAGAGCCCGGACGGGAGGAGUUUGGCCUUGUCUCCGUCGGAGCCAGAGUGGGAUGACCUGCUGCUUUGGCCAGAGGACACUGACUUGGUGACCGGGUGGCCAUGA